CAAAGUGUAGUGUCCGCGAGAGCCCGUAGGAAGCGAAAAGAGAGAAACCGGAGAAAGGACAGAAUGGAGCGACUGAAUCCACAACAACAGGAGGAAUAAUAACCCACGAUAAUAAUAAAAAGAGAGAGAAUAAAGAAGGCUGAAGACGGAGGAGAAGAGGGAGAGAACUCGCAGGAAAAAACUUUUCCGGGGGGGAAACUGUUACAGACUCAAACACGGCCACGUUUUAAAACAUGGAUACACUUUUCUCCGUAUUCCCGGGACUCCUGUUUCUCUUUUCCGCGGUCGGUAACGUCUCCGGUCAGAUCCCGACAGGGAGCUGUACGUUUGAUGAUGGCUUCACUCCGUGUGAUUACCAGCAAGAUCCCUAUGACGACUUUGACUGGACGCACAUCAACACCCAGGAUCUGCCAUACGUGUCACCCGACCUGCCGCAAGGUUCUUACAUGUUUGUGGACGUCUCCCAGUAUGAUAAUGGGGAGAAGGCCAGGUUUCAGCUGCCAGUCAUGAAGGAGAAUGACACUCACUGUAUCGACUUCAACUAUCUCCUCACCAGCCCUGACGGCUCCAGCCCGGGCACCCUCAACGUCCUGGUGAAGGUAAACAGGGGUCCCUUGGCCAACCCUAUAUGGAACGUGACGUCCUACACUGGUAAAGACUGGCUGAGAGCCGAACUCGCCGUCUCCACCUUUUGGCCCAAUGAAUAUCAGGUCAUAUUUGAAGCAGAGGUUUCGGACAGCAAAGCCGGCUUCAUCGCCAUCGACGACAUUCAGGUGCUCAGCUACCCGUGCGAUAAAUCUCCUCAUUUCCUGCGUCUUGGGGACGUGGAGGUGAACGCCGGACAGAACGCCACAUUUCAGUGUAUAGCUACGGGACGAGACACAUCCAACAAUAAACUCUGGCUACAGAAGAGAAACGGAGAAGAUAUUCCCGUGGCUCUGACGAAAAACAUCAACCACAGACGGUUCGCCGCCUCCUUCCACCUCAAAGAAGUCACCAAUCAGGAUCAAGAUCUGUACCGAUGCGUCACUCAAUCGGACCGCGUCGGGGUGUCCAACUUUGCAGGUCUUAUCGUCAGAGAGCCUCCGCACCCCAUCGCCCCACCCCAGCUGCUAGGUGUCGGCCCUACAUAUCUGCUGAUUCAGCUGAAUGCUAACUCCAUAUUUGGAGAUGGACCUAUUAUACUGAAAGAGGUUGAGUACCGUAUGACAUCAGGCAGCUGGACGGAGACUCACGCCGUGAACUCUCCCAACUAUAAGUUGUGGCAUCUUGACCCGGACACAGAGUACGAGAUCAGAGUGUUGCUAACCAGACCAGGGGAGGGAGGGACAGGCAAAGCUGGACCACCACUCAUUACCCGGACCAAAUGUGCAGAACCUAUGCGGACUCCUAAGAGGCUAAAGAUUGCAGAGACCAGGUCUCGUCUGAUAGCGGUGGACUGGGAGUCGUUGGGUUACAACAUCACUCGCUGUCACACCUUUAACGUCACCAUCUGCUACCAUUAUAUGACUGCCAACAAUCGCAGCAAAGCUGACUGCUUGGACAUGGACCCUAAAGCACCUCGUCACCUGGUGGGAAACCUGCCACCCUACACCAAUGUCAGUCUGAAGAUGAUUCUGACCAAUCCAGAGGGAAGGAAAGAGAGUGACGAGACCGUCAUUCAAACUGAUGAAGAUGUUCCAGGCUCAGUUCCCAGUCCGUCACUGAGAGCCACUCCAUUUGAAGACAGAAUUCUUCUUUACUGGAAAGAACCAACUGAGCCAAACGGAGUCAUCAUACAAUAUGAGAUCAGCUACAGUGGUGUACGUUCAUUUGACCCUUCGGUGCCUCUCCAGCGGCCGGGACUCACAGUGCUGCCCUCCAACGCCACACAUCACUUAUUUUCUCAGCUCCACCCAGGUGUCACGUACCAGCUCUCUAUACGCGCAUCCACCUCCAAAGGGUUCGGCCCAGCAACCACGCUUAACGUGACUACUAAUAUUUCAGCCCCGACAAUAGAUGAGUACGAUGGGUCAGAGGCCUUUCUGAAUGAAACUGCAACAACCAUCACUAUCCUGCUCAAACCUGCCCAGGCCAAGGGAGCACCUAUAAGUGCCUACCAGAUUGUAGUUGAGGAAGUGAAUCCUCAGCGAACGCGUCGUCAAGCUUCCUCUGACUGUUACGAGGUCCCGGUUUCCUACCACAGUGCGUCUAGCGGUGGAUCUCCAUAUUAUUAUGCCGCCCAGCUGUCCCCCAGCAACCUGCCUGAGCCGCUCCCCUUCACUGUUGGAGACAACAAGACAUAUCAGGGUUUCUGGAAUCCUCCACUGGCCCCGAGAAAGAACUACAACAUCUACUUUCAAGCUGUUAGCAGCACGGAGAGGGAAACUAAGACACAGUGUCUGAGGCUCGCUACUAAAGGUGCUACAGAGGAGCCAGAAGUCAUUCCUGACCCGGCUAAACAGACGGAUCGGGUGGUGAAGAUCGCUGGGAUCAGUGCUGGGGUGCUCGUCUUUAUACUGCUAGUGCUGGUAGCCAUCCUAUUGGUCAAGAAGAGGAGGACCUACUAUUCAUACUCUUAUUACCUGAAACUGGCUAAAAAACGUAAAGACGCCAUUGGAACAACGCGGCAGGAAAUGACUCACAUGGUGAAUGCCAUGGAUCGCAGCUAUGCUGACCAGAGUACUCUGCAUGGAGAAGAUCCCAUGGCUGUGACAUUCAUGGACUCUCACAACUACAACAACAGAUAUGAGAACCACAGUGCCUCUGCAGCGGAGAACAGCCGGCUCCUGGAUGUUCCUCGGUAUCACUGUGAAGGAACCGAAUCCCCUUAUCAGACAGGGCAGCUCCACCCUGCAAUCAGAGUGGCCGACCUUCUGCAGCACAUCAACCUCAUGAAAACAUCUGACAGCUACGGCUUUAAGGAGGAGUAUGAAAGCUUCUUCGAGGGCCAGUCGGCCUCAUGGGACGUGGCCAAGAAGGAGCAGAACCGCACCAAGAACCGCUAUGGGAACAUUAUAGCAUAUGACCAUUCAAGGGUUAUUCUGCAGCCCAUAGAAGACGACCCCUCCUCAGACUACAUCAACGCCAACUACAUCGAUGGCUACCAGAGACCGAGUCACUACAUUGCUACUCAGGGUCCUGUUCAUGAGACAGUUUAUGACUUCUGGAGGAUGGUUUGGCAGGAACAGUCAGCCUGCAUCGUCAUGGUAACCAAUCUGGUGGAGGUUGGAAGGGUUAAGUGCUACAAAUAUUGGCCAGAUGAUGCAGAGGUGUACGGAGACUUCAAGGUGACGUUUGUGGAAGUUGAACCUCUUGCUGAAUAUGUGGUCCGCACAUUUACACUGGAGAGGCGUGGUUUCAACGAGGUGCGGGAAGUCAAGCAGUUCCACUUCACAGGCUGGCCUGAUCACGGAGUUCCAUAUCACGCCACGGGACUACUUUCCUUCAUCCGCAGAGUUAAAAUCUCCAAUCCACCCUCUGCUGGUCCAAUUGUGGUCCACUGCAGUGCUGGAGCAGGGCGGACAGGCUGUUUCAUAGUAAUUGACAUCAUGUUGGACAUGGCGGAGAGAGAAGGUGUGGUCGACAUCUACAACUGUGUGAAGGCUCUUCGCUCUAGGAGGAUCAACAUGGUACAGACUGAGGAGCAGUAUAUAUUCAUCCAUGAUGCCAUUCUAGAGGCUUGUCUAUGUGGGGAAACAGCCAUACCAGUCUGCGAGUUCAAAGCUGCUUUUUAUGAGCUGAUCCGCAUCGACUCCCAGACAAACUCGUCACAUCUGAAGGACGAGUUCCAGACGUUAAACUCGGUGACUCCUCAGCCUCAGCCUGAAGACUGCAGCAUCGCAUUGUUGCCUAGGAACCAAGAUAAGAAUCGCUUCAUGGAUGGCCUUCCUCCUGAUAGAUGCCUCCCAUUCCUUAUAACAAUAGACGGAGAAAGCAGCAACUACAUCAAUGCUGCUCUGAUGGAUAGCUACAGACAGCCUGCUGCAUUCAUCGUUACCCAGCAUCCUUUGCCUAACACUGUCAAAGACUUUUGGCGCCUGGUUUACGACUAUGGAUGUACCAGUUUGGUGAUGCUGAAUGAGAUUGACCUGGCUCAGGGUUGCCCUCAGUACUGGCCAGAGGAGGGCAUGUUGCGUUACGGUCCGGUCCAGGUGGAAUGUAUGUCCUGCUCAAUGGACUGCGAUGUAAUCAGUAGACUCUUCAGAGUGUGCAACCUCACCAGGCCACAGGAAGGAUACCUGAUGGUUCGUCAGUUUCAGUACCUGGGGUGGGCGGGACACAGGGAGGUCCCCGCCUCCAAACGCUCCUUCCUCAAACUGAUCUUGCAGGUCGACCAGUGGCAGCGUGAGGGAGAGGAGGGAGAGGGACGAACCAUCGUGCACUGCCUAAAUGGAGGUGGGCGCAGUGGAGUUUUCUGUGCCAGCAGCAUUGUGUGUGAGAUGGCCAAGAGACAGAGUGUGGUCGAUGUGUUCCACGCCGUGAAGACCCUGAGGAACAGCAAACCCAACAUGGUGGAUACCCCGGAACAGUACAGGUUCUGCUACGACCUGUCACUGGAGUUCAUCGAGUCCUCCUAAACAAAGGAGACGAGGAGGAGGAGGAAGUGAAGAAGGGAAGAAGAUCUUUUCACUUCCCAUGUGUUUGAUCCUUGGAGUUCGCUUUGUCCCGACUCCCCUCUGUGGUGGCCGUUCUGUAGCACCCAUUUUGCGUCCCUACAAAUGGCACAAGCGUAAUCGGCUCCUUGUACAGUGUUGUAAAGUAUCCAAACAAAGGGAAACGCUCAGACUUUUAACAGAGGGAGCUGCUGGGAGUGCAACAGAGAGGGAGGUGUCUACUCCUUUUACUCCUUUAUGCUUAUUGUACAGCUUUCUGAGUGCCAGCGGGCCCCUGUAAGUUUUGGGCCCCAUUUAAAUGUUUAACCUAUCACCACAGCCCCCCCCCAAUGGAUUUGAUGCCUCAUGCUGUUUCAGCUGCAGUACCCAAUGUGCACUGUAGAUGUCUCCCUCCCCCCUCGCCAACUGCAACCACAGCUUUUGAAUAACUGCAAGUUUUCAGUGGCCCCUCAUUCCUGCUCUCAUGGUCAUCAUUUCUGAGUAACUCAGCAGUUUUGGGCAUCUCAUCAUGGUGAAGUUUGAAUAUUUGCAGCAAGUACUUUUGUAUAAGAAAAAGAAACUUAAUGUUACAGCCUGGCCAAACUCUGUGAAUGCUUCUGUUUCUACUUCAUACAUCAGCAGCAUCUUCAUGUUAUUUUCCUGAGUCUGAAAAGCAUGUAUUUAAGUUCAUAAUAGCCACUUUGAACCCAUUUGUUACAUACAGUAGAUUGUCAGACAACUUAAUACAUAGACAUAGAAAAUACCCUAAAUGUCAAUGUAAGAAUUAGAUGAAGUAGUUUCUAAGAAAUAAGACUGGCAAUGGAACUAAAACAGGAAGUUUACACAAGGAAUAUUAUGCUUUUCAUUAAAUUUUUUACGAUAUCAUGAAGUGGCAACUUGAAAAAGGAUUAGUGUAGGAUUUUCACUAAAAUAUAUACGAUCAACAAAAGUGUAUCAUUGUUUAUGUUUUCUGCAUUCACUGCAGAGUUGAUUUGUCGCAUCAUGUAUUGAUCUACUGGAUGGAAGUUUUGAUGUCUUCUUUGUACCCUAAAUUGUAAAAAUUGGAACACUUAAGAUUUUCUUCAACCAUGUGAUAUGAGCAUAAUCAUGUUUGUUUCAGGGCUGGGCCCAAUGCACUUUCAAUUCAGCCAACUCACAAAUGGGAUGUUUUAUUUCAAACUCUAGAAAGAACAGAUUUUGGGUACGAAGGAAUCGGCUUAUUGACUCUUAGAAAAGACUGAGAAUAAGUGCCAUUCCAUUUUUGGUUUGAAUGGAAUUGGAAGUGAACUGACCCCAGGCCUGGUUUGUUUUGUGCACUGGUGGCCAACACUUUUUAUUAUUAUUUUGUAGCUGAUGUUUAUUCAUAAGCCAAAGACUUUGUGUAAAUAUGUCUAUAUGGAUAAAGCACAUUGUUUGUAUUUAUUGUUUGUUUACUUGCAUUGCUUGUAAGAACAAUCAUUUUCUUCAUUCCAUGUUUACUCUACCACCAGCGUUUCUUAAACUGUGAGUCGGGAUGCAAAAUGGGCUGCUAGUCUGUUUCCUCUGGACCAUUGAGAGUAUUAAUAGGAUUUAAUGAGCCCAUAAAGGGUCCAGAGGUAAAAGGCUACACUGGUUCAAUUUGGGUCCAUGAAGAAAAGUUUAAGAACCCCUGAUCAAAGCUGUAUAUUAAAGCAUUAGAAGUAGUUUUUCAGUAUCUAGGUGGAAUUCAGUAGUAUUGUCUUGUUUUCACUUAAUGAAACUCUCUGUGAUGUUACCGUGGUUUAUUUGUGUAAAAGCCCAUUGCUCUGUUUGUGGUCAGCAGAACAUCAGAGUAUUAAGGAUAAUAGCUCCUAUCCCUCUUAAUGUCUUAGUCGGGAUAAGCUGUUUAUCCUCAUCAUCAUAUCCUGCUCACCAUUAUCUCUGAAUACACACGGACUCAGUGAUGCAAACAGGCUUAGUGAGUGAAACAUGCAGGAAUGUGAAACAAAAACAUUUAUCGUGCCUAAUCAUUUGAAUUUCCUUGUUGAUACAAGCAUUUUAACAGUAUCUUAGAUCGUAAACCAGGGCUUUGUUGAAUGCGUUCUCAUGGACGAUCAAUGUUUAAAUACCGUUUGGACCAUGACUUGAUGUGUUUUAUUAAUCAGGAUGCUUCAUGAAUUAUUGUGAGGCUUUGCAGUCUCUACCGAAUAUCAGAUGUGUUUCUGUUGUGCUCAAGCGGAUUCAGAAAAAAAACCACACACUUUAUUGUAAAUAAAAUGUCAGAGGUUCCACUUGGUUGGAACAAGAGUAGCCCGGGUCUACUGUUAAGGAUGUUAUUGUAAAUAGGCUAUCAUGAUAACUCUAAAAGGCUCUAUUGUUGGAUAAACAGUAGAGAUCCAGAUGGAUACAAUGUCAGAACAUUAGUUCUGUUGUAGAUAAAAAGUCAGAGAUUGUACUCAUAUAGGACACAACUUCAAAUUUUGACAGAUAUUGUUUCAAAAAAGCAUAAUAGUGUCCACUGAAUACAAAACUUUAUUCUUUUGGUGGAACAUUCAUUUUCAGUUUAUUUCUGAAGAUUUGUGUCCGAUCCAAAGGUGGGAGAGAAAAUUCACUACGGUAAUACAGUUUACCAGUUAGACAAAACGGACAGCCAUCUCUAGCAUGCAGAGAGAGAAAAGAAAGGAAAAUGAAUGCAGUAUAUCAACCUUAACUACACACUUAAGGGAAAAAUUAAGGAGCUUAUCCUGUUAAGAUGCCCAUAAUUUCUAUUCAAUAAAUCUGAAGUAAUGGCCCUGAAGAGUAGUGAAUGAAGCAGGUGUCUGGAUGAACGGCCAGUCUUGAGUAUAGAAUUGAUAUUCAUGGUUCAUAAUUAUUCUUGUCUGUAAUGUUUGGCUUCUUUGCUGUAAUAAAGACCACUUCUUU